AUGGAUCCGCCUUACUUUUCGAUAAACGCGUGUAACCGUUGUCGCAAACGCAAAGCGCGGUGCGAUACACAGAUUCCUUCAUGCCAACCAUGUCAAAACUCAGGCUCCAUCUGUGACUACACGGAUGGCCGCUCGGGCGACGUCCAUCCUCGGAGCUACAUCCAUGAUCUGGAAGCUCAACUCAUGCGACUAGAGGCUCAGCUCCAAGGGGUUGACGAUGCGACAAUUGAAGUGUCGCCACCUACCUCGACAUUGCGCUCAGACGAUGAGCCUGCUCAAGACUUGAUUCGUGUUGGAGAUGAGGGGCAUGCUCAUUUCAUCGGAGCUUCAAGCGGAAUGUACUUGGUCCGAUCAGUUCUUGAGUCCGCUCAGCAGAACUAUCCAAACUUCGAAUCGCCAUCUGAAACAACAGAAGCUCGAACCGGACCAAAGGAACCUUCCAGUAGUAGUACCAGAAUUGCCUUGCCAUCUCGAGAGACGGCUAAUAGCCUCAUCGAGACAUUCUUCAGCCAAUAUCAGGUUCAGUAUCCCAUUCUCAACCAGCAGGAAUUUAGCAAGGCCGUGACAGAAUUUUACGGUCGCCAGAACGACAGAGAUGGUCAAAAUCGACCAGGAUCUGGCGAGGUGUGGACUCGAUUCAUGCUUAACAUGGUGCUUGCCAUCUCUCUCAUGUUCAUGUCCCACGAUCAUAAUGAGAGUACGACACUAUCGAAAGGCUUCACUGCCAAUGCCAUGUCGGAUAUCAGUCUGAUCAUGCAGACAAAGAAUGUAAAGUCGGUGCAAUGCCUUCUGUUGUUGUUGCUUCUCUCUAUCCUCGACUCAUCUUCUGCGCCGGUUUGGUAUAUCUCCGGUCUUUGCAUGCGCAUGUGCAUUGAUCUUGGAUAUCACUCAGAGACCACAAUAGCUAUAUCUUCAACUGGUAACGACACAGAAAUUGAGAGGAUAAGUGAAGCAGAUACGAAGCGAAGGCUAUUCUGGGUAACAUACAGCUUUGAUAGGACACUCAAUAUCCUUCUUGGUCGACCGUUUACUUUUGACGACUUUACUGUCGACAUUCAUCUGCCGAGACACUCGUUAGUACCGAGUAAGCGGCUACAGAUACUACACUGGCUUGAACUGCAACAACUCGAAAGUGAGAUUGUACACAAGCUACAUGCAGCACGGCGAGACGAUACAGGCCAUAGCGGAGAGGACACAGACCUUACCCAGUGGACUAAAGAGAUGGCUCAGCGAUUGAAAGGCUGGAACUCAGUGGCUCUGACUCUUACUGACUCCGAUGGUCAUAACGUCAACUGGUGGGGCUACUGGUAUCGUACAGCGCUGCUCAUCCUCUACAGACCAUCGCCCUCUCGCCCAAGUUUGAGUACUUCUGAAACGCUUUCAUGCUACGAAGCUGCCAAAGAUCUUAUUCAGCUAUCAUACCUUCGUAUCAGUGAAGGUUUGAUGGAUUUCACCUGGAUAGACCUGCAUUUCCAAUUCAUGAGCGGAGUCACUCUCGUGUUCAUGGUCUGGAAGAAUACUCAGGCGCGAAUCAAGGCAAAAGAUGACUGGAUCUCGUUCAAGAGCUGCUUGUUUCAAUGGAAGAGCAUACUUGAGAAACUUGGAGUGCGUUGGGAGAGAAUCGCGAGAGCUCGUGAAGCACUAUCAAAACUGGCUGAUGCUACUAUCGAUCUUGUCGAGAAGGACAUGAUGAGAUCAGCGGGAGGAGGCCAACGACUACCAAUACAUCACAACUCAGAGGAGUCUCGACGAGAUCGAAGGCGUUCCAUCAUACAGCAGCUCCGAAGACAGGAUUCUGAUGGCGUGUCGCAGCGGAGCUUGGUUGCCGUUGGAGGUGAUACAUAUAUGCAAGACACUAGUCCUCGAAACAUAAAUCUAGAAACGGGUAACGGAGGAUUGAAUCAGGUCUAUGGAUCUCAUAUAGGCGACGAGACUCAACACCGACCAGCAGCUAAUACAGCUGGAUACGGGACGCAAUCCAAGGGCCACAAUUGGGCAGCUUUUGAGACAUCAACAAAUACUCAACAAGGACUCUUUUGCGACGCGCAGAGUCACAACACCAUAUCAUCAAUGAUGCCAGAGGAUACGUGGCCACUCUUCGAUCUCUCAGAUGUAGCGGUCGCACCCGAUGAGAUCAACUUCUGGACAUACUUAUCGGCCCCAAUGCUCGGCGUGGAGGAUAUGUCGACGUCCCAGUUCAACACUACAGGAAGGCCAGAUGAGUCCUUUACCAAUAGCAUCCUGAAUUUUCACGGAGACUUUAGUAAUAUCACUCCUGAGAUGCCAGUAGAGUAUCCAGAGGAUGGAGACUAUGCGUACAAUGCUGGGCAGUAA